CAGUUGUUUUGUAUUUCAGGGUAGAGAAGUACAGGCCAAAUAAUUUGGAUGAUCUUAUCUCUCACCAGGACAUCAUUUCAACUAUAAACAAGUUUGUAUCACAGAAUCGUCUUCCACAUUUACUGUUCUAUGGACCACCAGGUACUGGUAAGACCAGCACCAUUCUGGCUGUAGCUAAACAGAUGUAUACCCCUUCAGAGUUUCAUUCGAUGGUCCUUGAGUUAAAUGCAUCAGAUGAUAGAGGUAUAGGUAUUGUUCGAGGACAGAUUCUGAGUUUUGCCAGCACAAGGACAAUCUUUAAGAAGGGGUUUAAACUUGUGAUAUUAGAUGAGGCUGAUGCAAUGACCAGAGAUGCCCAGAACUCCCUUAGGAGAGUGAUAGAGAAGUUUACAGAUAAUGUCCGGUUUUGUAUAAUCUGUAACUACCUGUCAAAGAUUAUACCAGCGUUACAGUCUCGGUGUACGAGGUUCCGGUUUGCUCCUCUGUCUACAGAACAGAUGGUACCGAGGCUCGAACAUGUCAUCAGAGCUGAAGGUGUAAAUAUAUCACCAGAUGGAAUGCAAGCCGUGGUUACACUGGCCAACGGUGAUAUGAGGAAAUCUCUAAAUAUAUUACAGAGUUGUUUUAUGGCAUAUGAUGAGAUCAGUGAAGAUAGUGUUUAUAUGUGUGUUGGACAUCCUCUACGGAAAGACAUUGAAAAUAUAAUGUACUGGAUAUUGAAUGAAAACUUUACCACUGCUUAUAACAAUUUAAUGAAUUUAAAAACAGCAAAGGGAUUGGCAUUGCAAGAUAUUUUAACAGAAGUACAUCAGUAUGUUCAUAAAGUGGAUUUGCCAAUGCAUGUUCGACUUCACCUCCUUGAGAAAAUGGCAGAAGUUGAAUACAGGCUGUCAUCGGGAACAAAUGAGAAGAUACAAUUAAGUUCACUGAUAGCAGCAUUUCAAGUAACUCGAGAUAUGAUCGUGGAGGAAGCCAAAUGAUACAUGAACAAUGUUUGAUAAUUUUAAAUGCCAGAGAAGAUUUAGAAUUUGUGACUUGCCUGUACCAUCAGGAUACUGUAGGGUCAUGCUCUAUAUGCAUAAAGUGUGACCAGACUCUACACUGUAAUCAGAUUAAUUAUAACUUUUUGAAUGAUACUAAAAUUACAUAAAGGGUAGUAUAUAUAGGUACUGCAGUACUUAAUAAAUAUUUUCAUAAAUUAGUUAUAAUGAAAAGUACAUAAUUUCACUGACUUGUAUAUUAUUGCUGGUAUUUAUUGUUUGCAUUGACAUUCGUUAAAGUAUAGGUUUUGAUAGAAGAAAAAAAAACAUGCAUGUUAAUCAGUGGCGCUACUUAGGCAUAUAUGA